GCUAUUUCAAUUACUACUUUUUUCUCUUCGAUUUGGAUAGCCGUUUCGCCGUCCUUCCUCUUCCAGCACCUGCGAUCAACGACAGCUACUACGAUGUCAAAGAAACGUGGUCUGUCAUUGGAAGAGAAGCGUGAGAAGAUUCUUCAGAUUUUUUAUGAGUCACAAGAUUUCUUCCUUCUGAAAGAGCUUGAGAAGUUGGGACCUAGGAAAGGUGUAAUCACCCAAUCUGUGAAAGAUGUUGUCCAGAGUUUGGUGGAUGAUGAUCUUGUUUCAAAGGACAAGAUAGGAACAUCUGUAUACUUUUGGAGUCUUCCUAGCUGUGCUGGAAACCAGCUGAGGAAUGUGUACCAGAAACUUGAAUCAGAUCUUCAUAGCAGUAAAAAGCGGCAUGCUGAACUUGUUGAUCAGUGCAAUGCAUUAAAGAAGGGGCGAGAAGAAUCUGACGAAAGGGAGCAGGCCUUAGCUGAACUAAAAGCUAUUGAACUGAAGCAUAAUGAGCUGAAGGAGGAGAUGGGACAGUAUGCUGACAAUGAUCCCGCAGCAUUUGAAGCAAUGAAGAAAGCAACUGAAGUUGCACAUGCAGCAGCUAACAGAUGGACAGACAACAUCUUUACACUGCGACAGUGGUGCUCCAACAACUUUCCUCAAGCCAAAGAACAGCUUGAGCAUUUGUACAAAGAGAUAGGGAUAACAGAUGAUUUUGACUAUUUGGAGUCAUCACUUGUUGUUCCACUCAGUUCAGUUGGUGAUUAGUGAGGGGACGGCAAGUUGGCAAUCCUUUGUCGAUAUCAAUCAAAAAUCACUCUUGUAAACAGGAAUGUUUGUGUACAAUCCAUUCCUAUUCGCUGCAUCAUCACUUUUCUCCUUUAGCUCCUUGCUACCUGGAUGCAGAUGCUUGGUGAAAUGAAACUGGAAUCCUAAUUCAAAGCUUCUAUUUUUAGACUAUUUGUUCCACUAUUCACAUUAUUGAAUCUUUUCAUAUUGUUGAGAGUGAUCGCCUACGCGCCACUUAGGCACCAAUUAAGCACUAGGUGGUGC